AUGGUAAAGCGAGUUUGGGCUCAGGUUGACGUAGCAGCGUUUCUUGAACGCUUCACAACCGGAUGCCACUUUGGCCAGACGGACCUCUUCCGUUUCGGCCUGCUCCUCCGGAGCUUGACGCAUUCUUCUCCGUUCUGGUCCCAGUACUUUCCGACAACUACCACAGGGUGUCCCUCUGGAGAGGAACCAUCCUGGCGUUGCCAGAAGAUUGAGCUUGGAGGAGGUACUCCAAGUGGCGGUGAUGGUGAUGAUGAUAAUGAUGAAGAAGAAAAUGAAGAGGAGGAGGUGGGUAGGCUCCUCCAGGAGUCGGAUGAUGAUGAAAAUGAAGAAGAAGAUGAGGAGGAGGUGGGUCGGCUCCUCCAGGAGCAGGAUGAGGAGGAUGAAGAAGAAGAAGAAGAAGAAGAGGAGGAGAAGGAGGAUCUAUUUCGCCAGGAUUUGGCUGAUGGUUCGGCCUCACUCCACCGUUUGCUGCCAGAGGAUGCCAUCGUAAUGGUGGUAUGGCAUGGAAAAAGGAUUUAUAAAUGA